AUGGUUCUUGAGCGCCUUCAGCAGCUGACCUACCAGGUCGGCGCCUCUUCACCUCCACCUCAUCCCUUUGACCCCCUGUCAACAAAAGAAAUCGACACGGCAGUUGCCAUUAUCCGCAAGGAACAUGGCAAGGUCAAUUUCAACGCAGUGACUCUGUAUGAGCCUCGGAAGGCGGAGAUGAUGGCCUGGCUCGCAGAUCCCAAGAAUGCGCCUCGACCAGCGCGUGCUGCCGAUGUCGUUGUAAUCGCGCCUGGUGGUAAGAUCUACGAUGGCAUUGUCGAUCUGGAUCAGAAGAAGAUCGUCUCGUGGAAGCAUACACCAGGUGUGCAGCCGCUUAUCACGAUGGAGGAUUUGCAGGAGGUUGAGCAUAUUGCUCGGAAGGAUCCCAAGGUUAUUGAGCAGUGUGGGAUUCUUGGGAUCCCCAAGGAGGAUAUGCACAAGGUUUACUGCGAUCCUUGGACGAUUGGCUACGAUGAGCGCUUUGGUAGCGACGUCCGUCUGCAGCAGGCGCUGAUGUACUACCGGCCCCAUGUCGAUGACUCCCAGUACACAUUUCCUCUGGAUUUUUGUCCGAUCUACAAUGCGGAGACCCAGGAGAUCAUCCACAUCGAUAUCCCACCAGUACGACGACCCAUCAGUAGGGCCCCGGCAAACAACUACCACCCAGCGGCAAUUGAGCAGGAUGGCGGCUACCGGACAGACAUUAAGCCAAUCCAUAUCACUCAGCCGGAGGGUGUGUCUUUCAAGCUGGACGGACGCACCAUCCAGUGGCAGAAUUGGAGUAUCCACGUUGGCUUCAACUACCGUGAAGGCAUUGUGCUCAAUAACAUCACUUUCAAUGACAAAGGAAAUGUUCGACCAGUCUUCUAUCGUCUCUCCUUGGCGGAAAUGGUUGUUCCAUACGGUAACCCCGAGCAUCCGCAUCAGCGCAAACACGCAUUCGAUCUAGGCGAGUACGGCGGUGGAUACAUGACCAACAGCCUGUCGCUUGGAUGUGACUGCAAGGGUGCUAUCCACUACAUGGACGCCGCCUUUGUCAACCGUGCAGGUGCCAGCACCAUCGUAAAGAACGCCAUUUGCAUUCACGAGGAAGAUGCCGGUAUACUUUUCAAGCACACCGACUUUCGGGACGACUCCAUCAUCGUCACCCGUGGACGCAAGCUGAUCAUCUCACACAUUUUCACCGCCGCCAACUACGAGUACUGCGUUUACUGGAUCUUCCACCAAGACGGUACCGUUCAGCUUGAUAUUAAACUAACUGGUAUCCUUAACACCUACGCCAUGAACCCCGGUGAGGACACCAAGGGCUGGGGUACCGAGGUCUACCCCGGCGUCAACGCCCAUAACCACCAGCACUUAUUCUGUUUGCGUAUCGACUCCAACAUUGACGGUCCAAACAACACUGUCUUCCAGGUGGACGCAGAGCGAGGCCCCGGAGAGGUCGGGAGUGCGGAGAACAAGUACGGCAACGCCUUUUACGCCAAGAAGACCAAAUUCACCACGCCACUGGAGGCCAUGUCGGAUUACAACGGCGCCACCUCCAGAACAUGGGAGAUGGCAAACACAAACAAGCUGAACCCCCAUAGCAAGAAGCCCGUCUGCUACAAGCUCGUAAGCCGGGAGGUUCCCUCACUUCUUCCCAAGGAGGGCGGGUUGGUCUGGAAGCGCGCCGGCUUUGCCAGACACGCUGUGCACGUCACCAAAUACUCCGAUGACCAGGUCCACCCUGCAGGACGCCAUGUCCCGCAGACUUCCGGUGAGCCCUCUGAAGGCCUGCCAGCAUGGAUUGAAUCAGCGGGCCCCAACUGCUCAAUUGACAACACGGAUAUUGUCCUCUGGCACACGUUCGGUCUCACUCACUUCCCGUCUCCUGAAGACUAUCCUAUCAUGCCUGCGGAGCCAAUGACGGUGCUCCUCCGCCCGCGAAACUUCUUCGCUCGCAAUCCGGCGUUGGAUGUCCCUCCUAGCUACGCCAGGACUCCUUCGCAGAUAGCCGCGGGAGCAAAUGCAUGUUCCUGCAAGAAGAGUGAUGGGUCCAGCGUCCAGGUCUGA